UUAGAAGGUCAGAGCUGUAUAAGUAUUAGAAAUUGAUUUAGGCUCCCAAAACCUGAAUCGGUGCAUCUCUAGUCAUCACCUUUCUACAGAAACACACUUCAGAAGAUUGAGAUGUCACUUUAAGGUGUUUAAAAUCAGGACAAAUGCUACCAGCUCAUUGUUUUAAAAGCCUCAGAUCCAGGUAAGCUCAUCGGGUAAGAUCCAGUAAAUAGGUAGCGUUUGUGGUGUGGGUCAGAUCCAGCCCCUCUGCUGCAGGGGCGGCAGUUUCCGCCUUCUCUCUUGGUCAGAUUUAGUUUGAUACCAAAACUAAAUAUGGAGCGACUCCUUUUGUCUUCUAAUGAGUUAUAAAAUGCUAUUUGUCCGCUGGCGGUUAACGUUACAGUUUAACGGAGAUUUGUUUUCUUUCCACCUCCACGGUCCGCGGCUACUUCUUGGUGUCACAGAGAGAGGCAGUGCUGAGUUAAAGAGUCACAAAUGCUGAUAGAAAUUCUGAUAGAAAAAAAGCACCGAUAGAGCGAGAGAGAGCGAGAGCGAGAGAGAGAGAGAGAGAGAGGGGCUGGAGACGUGAUAGGAACGGUUCACUGGAUUCUCAGAAAUUCAAAUCCCCCCCUCUCUCUUCAUAUGUAUGUUUAUUUCUUUUAUAUUCGUCGUUUUUCUUCGUCCGCUCGGAUGACGGAAGGCUGCGGCUGAAGCGGAAUUGUAACGGGAACAUAUUCCUCCCUCCGACGGAGAAGAAGUCUCGCAGAGAUUUCAUUUUUUUACCCCUCCCUCCUUUUUAUUUUACAGUAGACUCAAUCUGGUGUUAUUUUUAAACCUCAGUCAUCAUCCCGAGUGUCUUUUUUUUUAAACAAUUAUUUUCGACCGAUUCCACAAGGAAGGGUGACGGAAGAUGGGUUGUUUGGGCAACAGCAAGACAGAAGAUCAACGCAUCGACGAAAAGGCACAACGAGAAGCUAAUAAAAAGAUAGAAAAGCAGCUACAAAAGGAACGACAAGCAUAUAAAGCCACACACAGGCUUUUAUUACUCGGUGCGGGAGAGUCCGGAAAAAGCACCAUUGUGAAGCAGAUGAGGAUUCUACACGUCAACGGCUUCAACGCUGAGGAAAAGAAACAGAAAAUACAAGAUAUUCGGAAAAACGUGAAGGAUGCCAUAGUGACUAUAGUGUCUGCGAUGAGCACUUUAAUACCCCCAGUCCCGCUAGCCAAUCCAGAGAACCAGUUCAGAAUCGAAUACAUCAAAAGCAUAGCACCACUCUCGGACUUUGACUAUCCACAGGAAUUCUUUGAUCAUGCAAAGAAGCUGUGGGACGAUGAAGGAGUGAAGGCAUGCUUUGAGAGGUCCAAUGAAUACCAGCUCAUCGACUGCGCACAAUAUUUCCUGGACAGAAUCGACUCUGUAAGACAGAAUGAUUACACACCAACAGAUCAGGACCUUCUACGCUGCCGAGUGUUAACUUCAGGGAUUUUUGAAACAAGGUUCCAAGUAGAUAAAGUGAACUUUCACAUGUUUGAUGUUGGAGGCCAGAGAGAUGAAAGGAGAAAAUGGAUCCAGUGCUUUAACGACGUCACUGCUAUUAUCUUUGUGGUGGCUAGCAGCAGCUACAACAUGGUAAUAAGGGAAGACAACAACACCAACAGGCUACGGGAAGCCCUGGACCUUUUCCGCAGUAUUUGGAACAACAGGUGGUUACGGACUAUAUCAGUCAUAUUAUUCCUGAACAAGCAGGACAUGUUGGCUGAGAAAGUAUUAGCUGGAAAAUCCAAAAUAGAGGACUACUUUCCUGAAUACGCUCGCUACACCAUACCAAACGAAGCAACUCCUGAACCAGGCGAAGACCCCAGAGUGACACGAGCCAAGUUCUUCAUCCGAGACGAGUUUCUGCGAAUCAGCACUGCGAGUGGUGACGGCAGACAUUACUGCUAUCCCCACUUCACCUGCGCCGUAGACACGGAGAACAUCCGGCGGGUGUUCAACGACUGCCGGGACAUCAUCCAGAGAAUGCACCUGCGGCAGUACGAACUCUUGUGAUGGACGGGAGGCCGUCUCCGUCAGCCUUCUGUGUUUUAUCUCCGCCAUUCUGCAUCCUUGAUGAACCUUUACUCCUCCUCCACCCGUUACUGCUCCUCGCCCCACAGCCAAUAAAGACCCUCAGACACCCGCUCCCGUUGAGGACUAUGAAGUACUACUGAAGUGUGUCAGAUCCUCUUCAUCUUUUUAACCUUUUCUACUUUUUCCUUUCUUGAUUUGUCCCCGCUGCUCUGGUGUAGAAGGACUUCUGCGGGACAAAGUUGUUGCGUGCUGCUGCCUCUUCAGUUUUUCCUUUUGAAUGCCUUCAUUUUUGUCAUUCCACUAAGCCUUGUGCUACUUCCUUAUUUAAAUUUUUAUUUUGCUAUUCUUGCAGCCACCCCCCCCCCCCCCCCCCCCCCCUUUUUGUGUGUGUGUGUGUGUGUUGGGACCCAGACUGGUGGGCGUGUGGAAACAGAAAACACACCUCCAAGACCUCAGUGUAGGGGCCGAGUGUGUGAAGAAGGAUGGCUCCAGAGUGAGCGUAUGCGCAUGUUUCUGUUUGUGUCACCUGAUGGUUAACACCACCAUGAUUUUGAUUCCUUUUUUCUUCUGGCCCCACCUCCUCCUCCGACCUGAUUCUUCUCUCCAUGCUGAAGACAAGAGGGUGGAGGGGAACGUUUAUAACCCCCCUUUUUUUGUUGUUAUUGUUUUCUCCGGAGGAAGCAUACACACAAUGUAGCAUCACAAUAUUUAUUACCCCGUCACGACGUUGGCUCGCUGAGCUGCAGGGUGGACCCAGCAGCCGAGAGACGCGUGGAGCGAGAGAGGAAAGAGGGGCAGGAAAUAACGGCGAUGUGAUGACGACUGAGCUCUCUGCACCUUAGCCCCGCUGCCUCCACGGACUCGGACCGGUGUCCUUUUUCCACACGGACCACCCUUUUAGCUUAGAGGUUCUGGUGAAGAGGAGGGUGGGGCGGGAGAGAAAAAUGUAUUGUUUUUAUUUUGUUGUUGUUUUUUGUUAACUUGUACACUGUGCAAGGUUGAAUUAUCCUGUACAGACUGUAAAAUGUAAUAUUAUUUUGUACAACUUAAUUGAAAGAAAAACAAAUCUACUUGUAGAUCUUUGUGCCUUGAUUAUGGCUGUACCUGUAAAUGAGCUCAGAUGUAAGUAUGUUUUCGACUGCGCUGUACAGCUUGAUGUCAAACUCUAUCGGCAGCAAGAGACUGCGGGUAGGGGACUUUCUCUGUAGAGUUUAGUUUUUUUCUGCUUUAUAAAAAUAAAGGAAAUACUGUUUAGUAAAAAAUUUAAAAAUAGGGGAAAAAAAAUCCUAAAAACCUGUAUACAUUAUGCAAAUUAACCACUUACCUGCAGUGAAGACCAGAUGUUGCAGCGCCAUACCUUUUUUUUUUUAGUUUAGUUUGUUUUUCCUCCUUAUAUAUAUAUAUGAUAUUUUUUGAAUUUCACAGCUUUAAACAUUGGAAAUCUAUUGAAAGUGUCCAAAUUGCAACCUGGUGUUGUUUUUAAUAGGAACCAACUUUUUUUUUUGUUUCUUUGGAGAUGAAGUGUGUCUGAGAUCUGUACCGACGUGCGUGCCUGUGCACAUGUGUACAUAAGACAAACAUAGACUCAGACGCAUUAUGUGUGCAAGGGUGAGUGCGUGUUGUGUGUAAAAUUUUAUAAAUGUACGUACAUGUAAAUUUAUAGGUCUAUAUAAAUAUAUAUGUACAAUUAUACAUGUUUAAUUAUGUGUGUGCCUAGGUGUACAUACCUAUGUAUGUAUACAGUAAAUAUGUAUACAUACACACAUAGGAAAGCAUGUUUAGGAUGGAGGUGAAUAAAUGAGCGUGCAAUAUUAGUAAUUUUUGGUCCUUUGGAGCCAUAUUUAAUGGCACAGGCACUAUGAAUGUGUGAGCAGCACCCAACAAGACGAGCUCUUUUCCUUGUACAAACAGCAUCAGCCUUUUCUUCUGCUACAGUACACGUCUAUCCCCGAAAGAGAGUGAACUGACUGGAGGUGCAAAAGCCUUGUUUGGCCUGGGAGGAUGAUUAAAUGACGUUUUUAUUUUCUUUAAAUAAAGAGGCACAUUAGA